AUGAAGGCCGUUGUAGAGCUCGUAGACGCUGGUAGCAAAAUUAGCGCCUGUCGGCUGAAUUUGGCUAGGAAGGAGCUCCCGCCUCUUGCCUCAAUACCACCGCUCAAUUCUGCAUCGUGCAGCUCAUCAAUCCUCAACCAGUUCAAUCAGAUCGAUAUUGUCACAACCAUCAUGUCCGACAAUAAGAACGAGAUCAACAUGCCCCAGCUUACGGGCCGCGACAUGGAGCUCCUCAUCUGCGCUCUGCGCAGCGCCAAGAACGGCUUCCCCAAGGUAAGUCAUAUCUUUCUACCUUGGCUCUACGUCUUUGGCUUCAAGAUCCACAAAGUGGUCCUAAGCCUCCAUCAUUACGCUGUUCCCCUUAACAUUCCCCCUCUCAAUACCUACUUCCUCUACUCUACACCCGCUGGCAAGCCAACGGGUGUACUUCACUCGCGAUGUCACGCCAUACGUGACGACUAUGAUGGAUCCAGAAUCAAGAUCAUUGAUCACAGUCUCACGAUUCAGAUCGAUUACAACAUGAUGGCCGAUAUGGCCAAUUUGAAGAACGGCCGCGUGGCCUACGCUUGCUUCUUCCAGGUCAAGAAGAAGAUCAUGGGCGAGGCCGGCGUCACCAAGGCAACCCCCAAGAAGGAGACCCCGUCCAAGCGCAAGCAGUCGGCUGCUUCCGCUGCCGAGGCAGGAGACACCGACGAGUCUCCCCCGAAGAAGGCCAAGACCGCCACCAAGAAGUCUGCCAAGAAGCAGGAGGAGACCAAGGAGGAGGAGGACGACGAUGAGGGCAGUGCCUUCAUCUAA